AUGAAUAGUAAUAAUAAAAAUGAAGAAAAAGUAAAUAAACAGCAACAGCCCGAUGUAAUGUUACAGAUCCAAAAUUUUUUUAGUUCAUUGAGUCCCCAAAAUCAAUCAGUUAAUGCAUCAUCAUCAAAUACCAGUAAUAAAGACCCAAGUUAUACAAGUGUUAGUAAUAAUAAUGGCAAUAAUAAUAAUAAUAAUAAUAACUCAAUAUCAAAAUCAUUAACAUCCACACCAUUAUCUAAUGUAUCGCCAAACAUAUUACAAAAGAAUAAUACUAAUACAAAUAAUAGUAAAGUUCAAUCACCACAAUCAUUAUUCCCAUUACACUAUCAAUAUAGCACAAAAGUUUUACAGGAAUUGGAGGAUAAAAGAAAGUUAUUAGUCGAACAAUUAAAAUCAGUAAAAAUAAAUUUAGAUUCUCAAAGCGAAGAAGAUCCAAUAUCAUUUAUUAAAAUUAGAAUGGAGUUAACAAAAGUUAAAAAUUCUUUAGAAACCGAAUUGAAAACACUGGAUGAGUUAUUAAAUACAAAAACCGAAAUUGAAGAACCUAUUCCGACUCCAAUAGAUGGUAUUACUUCAUUAUUAACAACUUUAAUGUCAACAACGACAACAACUACUACAACAACUACAACUUUAGCGACAAAUACACCCGUUUUGUUAAACGAAAAUGAUAAUAACACUGUACUAUCACCAAUUCAAUUAAAUUCAUUAUCAUCAAAUUUACCUCCAAACUCUAUACCAAUGCCCCAUAGUAAAAAAUCUUCAAACUAUCAACCCUCAAUAAUACCGAUAGGUACACCAUUGGACAACCCGGACCCCAACCAGCCUAGGUUUCCGCAAAGAGAUAAUAUUUCUGUAAAAUUAUAUGUUGACUGUGAUGAUUAUUUUGCUGCUUCUGCCCAAGCCAUUGAAAAUGCCAGUAGGGAAGUUUUUAUUACAGCAUGGUUUUUAUCACCAGAGUUAUUUUUAAUUAGAUUUCCAACAUUAGAUGAAAAAUAUAGACUAGAUAAUUUAUUAAAAAGAAAAGCAAUGCAAGGUGUAAAAAUUUUUGUUAUUUUAUGGGAUGAAACUAAAAUCGCAACAUUCAAAGGAAGCAAAAGAGCAAAGGAUAAACUGGAGGAGUUACAUACAAAUAUUAAAGUUAUUAAGCAUCCACCAAUUAUACCCAUUUAUUGGUCUCAUCAUCAAAAAACUUUAAUAGUUGAUCAAGAAUUAGCAUUUGUGGGAGGUGUUGAUUUUGCAUUUGGCAGAUUCGAUACUUGGUGUCAUCACCUAAUAGAUGUAAAUAGCACUCUUUGGAAAGGAAAAGAUUAUUAUAAUCCAUGUAUCGGUGAUAUGGGUGAUAUUUUAAACCCAUUUGAAGAUAGUAUCGAUAGAACUAAAAUACCAAGAAUGCCUUGGCAUGAUGUUAUGGUUGGGGUUAAUGGUUUUGCAGCAAGAGAUGUAGCAUUAAAUUUUAUAUUAAGAUGGAAUCAUCAUAAGGAUGAUUAUUAUCCAGCUUUAUAUUUUGAUACAACACCAUUGUUACCAGUUGGCACCAGUCAAUGUCAACUUUUAAGAUCUAUGGACGAAUGGUCAGGUGGUGGUAGAUUAGAGCGUUCAAUUCACACAAUAUAUGUACAGGCGAUAGAAGAUGCUGAUCAUUAUAUCUAUAUAGAAAAUCAAAACUUUUGCUCGACCCAUGCACCAAAUGUUUGGAAUCAAAUUAGCUUUGAAAUUGUAAAGCGUAUACGAAGAGCUAUUAGAAAGAAAGAAAAUUUUCGUGUAUUUAUUGGUAUUCCUUGUCAACAAGAUGGUAAAUUUACUGAAGAAACACAUAUUAGAGGUCUAAUGCAUUGGCAAUUUGCUACAUUAAUACGCGACGACAAUUCAAUGGUUAAACAAUUAAAAAGAGAAUUCCCAACUAUAGAUUUAACAGAAUAUCUUUGUUUCUUUUCCCUCAGAACCCAUGCUUAUUUAGAAGGAAAUUAUGUUACCGAGCAAAUUUAUAUUCAUAGCAAACUAAUGAUUGUUGAUGACCGUACCGUUAUUGUUGGCUCAGCAAAUAUCAGUGAUAGAUCAUUUAUUGGGGAACGUGAUAGUGAAUUGGCGUUCGUUAUUCGCGAUGACACCGAUACAAUUAAUACCAAAAUGAAUGGUAAAGAUUAUGUUGCCAGUAGAUUGGUUUUUAAUUUUAGAUUAAGACUAUGGAAAGAACACUUGGGCUUAUUACCACAAAUAAACUAUCCACCACACGAUCAUAUGAAUGAUGAUAUUGGUAACAUUAUCGAUAUACAUCAUAAAGAAGGUAAUGGUAAUAAUAACUACAGCAAUAGUAAUAACAAUAUAAAUAGUAACAAUAUAAAUAAUAUGAAUAAUACUAGCAAUAAUAAUAUGAAUAAUAACAAUAAUAAUUUAAAUACUGGUGGUUUACCACCACUAAACCCAAUUAAAAAAACAGCACCUUUGGGAAUUUCAUCAACUAACACACCAUCUAAAAAAUCAUCACAUCACAGAUCAAAUAGCUUCCAAGGUUUAGUUUUACAAUCACCAUCAAACAAUAGAUCAAAUUUAUCACCACAGGAUUCUCCACAAGACUCUCCAAGACCAAAACCAAACUCUAUAAAUGAAACUGAUCAAACAAAUCCCGAGAUUCUAUUAAAUAAUAAUAGCGAUGAAGCUAUGAAUAUAUAUAAAAAAGACAGUGUAAUUAUAGAAGACUAUCAAUCAGAUAUUUUAAACAACAGCUUUGAAAAUGAUUUUAAUAAUGGCCCAAAUGACAAUAUAGCGAAUAGUAAUAAUAAUAAUAAUAAUAAUAAUAAUAAUAAUAAUGAUAAUAUUAAUGGUGUUAAUAAUUAUAUUACAACAACACUACCAAUUAAUAUUGAUAAUGACAAAAACAAAAGAUCAUCAAUCUCGCCAACCUCCUCAACAAGCAAACUAUUAUCAAUAUCAGAAAAUGAUUCAAAUAUUAAAGUUGUAUCAACAGAUGGCAGCUCACCUAGAAGCAAUCCUCGUUCGAUAUCAAGUUUACACGAUUUUACUGAAAGCAGUUUUUGUCAACAAAGUAAUAUUGAUUUAAUGGAUCCAGUUUGUCCCGAUUUUUACUUUGGAGUGUGGAUAGCGACUGCCGCCUCAAAUACAAGAAUAUAUGAUAAUGUAUUUCCUGCAAUUCCUAAAAACUCUAUCAAAACUUGUGAACAAUUUAUUCAUCUUCAAAAAAAACCCAUUUCUUUGGCCGAUACAAAGUUGUUGUCAGAAGUACGUGGUAAUUUAGUAUUCCAUCCAUUAGAAUUUUUAUCUGAAGAGAAUUUACAACCAACUUUCCUCUUCACUGAUGAUCUAUUCCAAUAAAUGAAUAAAAAAAAAAAAAACUUUUAUUAAAAGCUUUAAUAACAAAAAAUGAAUAUAUUAUAACAAUAUUUUAUUUGUUUUAUUUUUAUAGCCCAGCAAAAAAAUUAAAUAAACAAAUCUUGUAAAUAAUUUGAUUAAAAUU